CCUCUUAGUACCGGUUGAGACUUCGCGUGGUACUGUCGCAGGGAUCGAAGAGCUCUCACUGCCGCCGGUUUCGUGUGUUUCGGUACGGGCCGCAAGGGCGCCCUGCGAGUGAGAGGAGCAGUGUCUGUGAUCGUCUUGCUGCAAUAGAAACGAAAAAAACAAGCCCUGAAUUAAGCUUUUGUGGCAUCCUUUUAUUUUGCACGUAAAAGCGUGAAGCCAAAUCUGCCACGUAAAGUGGUUUCGCGCUGUACAGUGCACACCUUGUCUGCUCCAUUCGCCUGCUACGACCAUGAAAAACGGCCUAUGUGGCAUGUGUGGAGCGCGCCCGUCUAUGUGACCUUCGCGAAGGGUUCUUGAUAGUUUUGUGAUACGGGGCCGGGGAUUAGAUCUUCGGAGUAAAGCACUUAUCGCGCACGGUUGUAUAUAAUAUUGAGGAUAAGUGUAACAACCCGCUCUGAAGAUGCUCAGAAAGGUUAUGCAAACGUCGCUACAUUUUGAGCGAUCGCCGCCCCACUGCAACACGAUGCUUGGUGUGCCAUGAAAAACGAAAAAGGGUGAACAGUGAGCGUGCAUAUGUGUGUGUCUGUGCUGUUGUGGUGAAAAUAUUGCCAAGUCUUCAAAAAUGUGGUUGAAUCAUCGCGGGGAGUUGAGCGUUGGUGGAGUGAAAUAAUGGGCCCUCGUUACUAUCGCGCAUCUGGAGGAGGCUGCCGCCGCUGCAAGUCUCGAAAAGCCAGAUGAAAAAUCAAUUAUUAUUCCACGUCCAACUUUGUAAGUCCGUCGGAGGGCGACGGACGGCUCUUAAACAUCUUGAGGAGUGACAUUGCCUAGAGCACGGCCGCAUGUGAAGUGUCAAGAUUAGAGAGUGCCGAGUUUUUGAUAGUGAAGGCAUUCGGAGAACGCCCGAGUGUGUGUUGUUUCUUGAGAAAAAAAAGCGCUUAAAGACAGCAGCAAUAUUUCGGGGUGAAGUGUUAACACGCCUAUCAGUAGUAGCAGCGCGUAAGAGACGCGAGGAAGCAGCUGACAUAGAAAUCCAAAAACCAUUCGACCGGAAACAAGCGGCCGAAAAGCCCUGUACUCUCUAUACCCGGGGGGAAGUUCGGGAGCUACUGCGAUACCCCUGCAGUUACGAGCCGGGGGAACGAAACGGCCAUUGGCCUCGGUGGCUAGAGGCGCGGUGCGCUAGUGCAUGCGGCAAAUAGUGUUAUAGCUCGUGGCACAAGCAGAUAGUGUGUGGAGGAGCAUCAAGCAACAAGCAGGCAAUAAGUGCCACGGAGGCAUCCACCGCGCACGGUAACGCACGCGUAACGCCUCUCCCGGGGAGUAGUAGAGCAAAGUGAGCCGCACCGGUGCUGAUCGUUGCUCGCGCAAUUGAUUAAUAUUUCAUUGGGCGAAACGACGAAGUGUGUUCGUCGGUGGCUACGUUGAUCAACUGGAAAACGCUACCACGAAAUCAAACGCCGCGCCUUCCCGUGGAAAAAUCGACAGUCAGUCACCCGGUGGAGAUCAUGAUGGAGGGUGAUAUAAACAAUUUUCUCUUCGGCCAGGAUGAAUGGCCGGAGGAGGACUUCAUGAACAGCUUACUGAAGAUGGACGACACGAUGCUGUUCAGCGAGCCGCCGGCCACCCAUACCGGCGGGGCGGACGAGCUGGACGACUUUAUGCGGCAGCUCAACUACAGCUACACGGCGGACACGUACCUCGGCGAGCAGCAGGUCACGUCCCCGCUAUCAUCCCACGCCUCAACCGAUCAAGAGUUCCACGGAUUCCCGAGCACCACGGACGGCGGAAGCAGCAGCGCCUCGCUGGACGGGUACUUUGACGAAGGGUACGGCGUCCGGAUGCAGGACAAGCCCGAGCUGAUGAACGUCGACUUUAGCAUGCUGAACGUGCUCGAUCCCGGCAGUCCCAUCGAGCAGGAGCACAUCUCGUCGGCCGCUUCCGACAGCGGACUGUCCAGCGACCAUCUCGAUCUUGACCCGAACACGGAAUAUGAAGCCCUCAGUCCGGGUAUGUCCUCGCCCGGUCCGUCCAUCAGCGAACGGGGUGGACAGAACUCGCCGCCCCGCUUCACGAUAUCGGUAAAGCAAGAGCCGUCCGUCCCGACCACCCCGACAGCAACAGCUCAGCAGCCCCCAGUCACCGUUCAGCAAGUUCAGCCGGUUGUACCACGACAGCAGCCGGCGGUUCUAGCGCAACCGAUGGCGGCCACCCAGCGUACGGCGCAAACCACUGCGACAACUGCUGUGCCCGUUCGCUCUGCUGAAAAGCUGAUAGGCACCAAAACAGCGAUCGUCACUAACGGAGCGCCAACCGUGCUGAAAACGUCGGCCAACAAAACGGCCACCACUACCGUGUACCAGCAGACGGGAACGGGCAUGAAAUCACUGAUCGCCAACGGCACGAAGCGACUGAUCGCAUCGACCAAUGGCAUUAGUGCGUCGACGGUCCCCCAGCAGCUGGUCGGCAGCAACGGCAAGGAGCUGAAGAUUAUCCGCAUGGCCACGAUGAAGAACGGACAAACGGUGGCAGUUGCCAACGGGCUGACGACGGCCGGUACGGCCGGCACUAACAAAAAAGUUACCCUGCAGCUCAAGAACUCGACGCUAAAGGCGGGCGUCGGCGGUACCGGCGGCAGCACGAUCAUUCCCAAGAACGUAGUCCUGACCACGUCGAGCAGUGGCACGAAUGGGCACAGCAGCGCGACCACCACCGCCACCACCACCACCACCACCGUGCCCGGCGUGCGCAAAAUCAUACGCAUGCAGCAGCAGACGCAGCAGAACGGGCGGCAGAUACUGGUGCCGGUGACGAUUCAGGACCUGCGCACGAUCAAGAUCGUCAACUCGACCAACAUGAAGGGCAGAUCGUCCGCCAACAUCAAGCUGGCGGCGGCCAACAUGCUGCAGCAGUCGAAGCAAGGGCUAAUACAGAAGAACGUGGUGCUGAGCAAGGAUCAGCUGCUGCUGGACGAUGGCGUGCUGUCCGAUGCGGGCGGCCCCAGCUCCUCCUCCGACUCGGAAAGCUACGUGUUCGAGGACAUUAUGCAGCAGAGCAGCGCGGUGCUGGCGGAGGUCGAGCGGCAGCAGCAGAAGCAUCACAGCAGCAUCAUCAGCGACUCGGACGUCGAGCCGGACGGUGACGAUGGGGACGACGAUGACGUCGACAUGGAGGAGAUUGGCAAGGGCCGCAACCAGAACGGCACGUACCAGAAGCUGAUGCUGACGGCGGAGGAGAAGCGGCUGCUGGCGAAGGAAGGCAUCUCGCUGCCGACCAGCUACCCGCUCACCAAGCACGAGGAGCGCGAGCUGAAGCGCAUCCGGCGGAAGAUUCGGAACAAAAUUUCCGCCCAAGAUUCGCGCAAGCGCAAGAAGGAGUACGUCGACGGGCUGGAGGAAAGAGUGAAACAGUGCACCGAGGAGAACCAGAAUCUGGUGAAACGAAUCAAGAUUCUGCAGAGCCAAAAUCACGACCUCGUUAGCCAGAUGAAGCGCAUCCAGUCGCUGCUGACCAAGGGCACGAGCAAAACGACCCAACCGGCCACCUGCCUGAUGGUGCUGCUGAUCAGCAUGGCGCUGGUUGCCGUGCCGAACCUGAAGCUGGGCAACACGGCCACCCAGCAGAACAUACAGGACUCGAUCGAAAUGUCCGAGCUGAUGCAGGACCCGGCCAACGACAAGCUGCAGGUGGUGCAGCAGAGCCGCCGUGCACUGCUAUUCGACACGAAGGAACAAUCGCACGCUGCCGCCACCGCCGAGGAGGAGCUGAACUUUGACGAGAUCAUGUCAUCGUUCAACGCCAACGCGCUGAUCGCCAACGAGCACGACUACUUCAGCGAGCUGGACGGAGGGCGGUCGGGCGGUGGUGAGCCGCCGUCGGCCAAGCGCUCCAAGCUGCUGCUACCGACGACCACGACGCUGAUCGACUACGACGUCGAUGACGACGUGUGGAACGGGGGCAGCAAGAUACGCAUCAAGCAGGAAGCGGCCGGAUCCAUGUCGCCGGACAGCAGCAGCAGCAACAACGGCAACGGCAACAACGAGCUGUUCGAGCAGAAGGUGCGCGAGUUCCAGGCAUCGCUGCAGAAAAGCAUCCGCGAUGCGGCCGAAGAACACACCACCGGCAUGAUGAUGGCGGCCAAGUACGACCUCAACAGUGAGGUCAUUGUGGAUCGCGAUCUGUUCGAUUUGGUCGGCAAGCAGCAGCAGCAGCAGGAUGGUGGACUGUACGAGAUGUCUCUCGAUACGUUCUCGAAGGCUGGCCUCAACAAUGGCGGUAUCGAUCUGCUCGGUAGCGUUCGGGCCGAACCGACCGUUGUCAGUGCCGACUCGACCGGAGGUGAUGCUAGUGACGUGCGGAAGCUUAACGCAUCCCAGCAGAUUCAGCAGCAGAACAACAAGCGUAAGCUGCUGCUGUAAGCAGUGUACAAGUUGUCGUUGUACGACUAGAAGUGAGGAAGAAGCUGGCUGUUUUUCUUUCUUUUUGUUGUUCGUUCAAAGCCGUCGAGUCGUCCCGGCUCGUGGAAAUCUAAUUGUAAAUAGGUCUCUAUUUUUAAGGCGCGUUAAAAAAGCGCAACAGUUUUCGGUUAACCAUUUUCAUUUAUCCUUCCCCUUCCUCACACAUACCGUUAGCAAACACAUUGCAACACAGGUAAUGCAUUUUGUCUAUAAUAUGUAUGUAAUGACGCUACGAAGCCUUUCGCAAUUUGAUUUAUUAGUACGUACCUAGGUAUGUGAGGGGUAUGUUCGUGUGUGUGUGUGUGUUACUAUUAAGAGAUAGUAGAAGAUAAUGGCUAAGUGCAUAUUCAUUUCACACACACACUCACACACAAAUCAAGUAUUUUACUCGUAUCCAAUUGGCAUAAGAUGCAGGAACGGUUCACUAUUACGUGUUUCUUUCUUUUUUUCACUACACAAGUAGAUAAGACAGUUGCCGCCACCGCGUUGGUAUGGGGGAACAGUUACACUAGCACGCACCGCUUACUUUGUGAGUGACGAGUGUGUGAAGGAAGCAGAGCGAAGAAGAACUCUUGUUGAUGUUUGAUUUUCUUCUUCUAUUCCUUAUUCGUCGUUUCGAUCUUAUGCUUAUGAUUGCUUUCCUUCUUUUUUCCUAUAAGAUUCACCGAUACGAGCAAAGAGAGCGGGAGAGUGAGUGAGUGAGUGAGAGCGCGCCCGGGCGCACUAUACUAGCUUUAGGACUGUUUAAUGUGCAAUUUAAUUAGAUUUUAUUGUAUUGUGUCCGCUUAAUUUUGAAACAAAAGAAACAAAACAAACACACAUUGAUAAUGUCCUCCACGCCCCACCUUUUCAAAUUGGGGUGCAUAGACGAGAACAGCGCAUUUGUUGCCGUUAAUUUUACGUUGCUGUUUUGGUUUGUGUCUUUUUUAAUUGCAAUAUCUAAUCUAGAACCGUAGACCCCAACCAAACGUUUGCGUUUGUUUGUGUUAUCAUCAGCAUCGUCGUGAGUCGUGGGCACUAAACAUUAGGGGAGAACGUAUAUUCCAUCUGGAACGUUUUGCGGGAUAACAAUAAUAAUAAUAAUAGUAAUAAUAAUGAUAUCUAAUGAUAUAAUAGGUAAAAAACAACUGAACCGUAAACGAUUCGAUUUGACUUAUAUCUGUGUUUCACUAUAUGUUUCUGUUUUCAUUUAUUCCCUUUGCCAAGCAUUGUUGACCGUCAUGAGUAUAAAGUUAAUAGUAUAAGCAUAGUAAUGUAGUGAUAGGCAUUUAGCGAUAGCACCAACAACAACAACAAUUAUAAUAAUAAUAUUAUUAUAAAUGAUAUACGCGUCACAGCACGUGGCAACACACCAAGAUUCGCCAAGAAGUUUCAAACGCAUCCCGGACGUACGGUUGAAUGUAAAAGCAGCAUUAAUCGUUGAGUAAUAUUUCCGGUUUCCGUUACUCUCCCACACCUCCCUUCCACGGGGGUAGUAAAGGUUAGAUAGUUAGAUCAACAAAUGUUUCAUUUCACGCUGUCCUUACACAUAAAGCAAAACAACAAACAGCAAAGGCUUUUCCAGCGUAACACCGUGCAUAGUGCAAACACGAAAAACCACAACAACAACUUCUCUAGAAUAUAGGUAAAUAUAAUAACUUGUUGUACAUAACCAAA